AUGCCGUAUUCGACAGAGUCCCCAGAGUGGCGCUUGUUGCAACAAGUGGCCGAACCGCUCGCAUCCCGCAAAACCGCCUUUCAACCCUCACCGCGAGAGUGGCAGUCCACCCACAUUGAUAGUGACCACUAUUUAGAACGCGGACUACGCGAACUAUUCCUUAUCAGGAGUCACAAGUUCUAUCUGGAAGAUGCCGACUUCAAGUCAUUCCGGAACAAACUUGAUCAGUUGUGCCGGAUUCUGGAUGACGCAGUAAAUCCCGUCAUCUCACGAACAACUGGUAAAAACAGAACCUAUCCACUUCUAUCGGGGCUGGUGAUCUUCCUCAAGGACUCAAACGCAGACAGCGAGAUAAAUUACGACCUCGCCUGUACCAUCAGUGAGCCUUUGUUUGCCUUUCCAGACGAAGUCAAAAAGAGAUGCUCGAAUCUGGUAAAAGACACGAACAGUUUGAUGUCGGAUUACUCUACCAAACCUUGCGAAACAGAAACAAAAGCUACUGGCGGAUUGAAGAGGCAACAAUGGAGGAGUUCCAAGAUUCGAGCUCGGGCCUCCGAUGUAUUCCAGAUGAUAUUCGAACGAUUCACGUGCCCUGAGCGUCAUGAACUCUUAAUCGAGUUCGCAAUAGCAUGUUCAGGAAACGACAAACCUUCGGACAUGGAACUAUCUAUAUCAAGAUGUCUAACCGACUACGGUAGGAAUGGAUGGCAAAGCGUUGUUUGUAACUCGAAGAGCGAACAGUUUUACAAGCAGGAGGUCUAUGAUCUUUGCGCUGAUAUGAAUAUGUUCUCAGGCCAUGACCAAGAUCUACAUCUGCUCCCUUGCAAUGGUGAGCUUCUGAGUGCUUGGUCGUCUAGGUCUAUCGCCAGACCAGGUCUUGAAGAUACAGCCAAGGAAUCCCUGUCGGAGAGGAUUGCCAGCGGAAUGUUCAAACCAUUGACCGCCAGCUAUUUUAUUGCUCAACAGCUCAAUACUCAGCGAUUGGUGCGGCGCUAUACCUUGAAACGGAAGAGAAUCCUUGCUGUCGAGUUGGGAUAUUGGCUUCUAGACUUCUUUGAUGCCAGUCUGAACUCCAACGACAUAUACUUCUUUGAAUCUUUCAAUGAGCUCGCUAAAAAGGAUCGUUUCUAUUGUUCAUUUUCAACUCAAUUCCCCACCUCUCCAGAGUUCCGUGUCUUCCAGAUUGGACAUCCAGUUUUGCUCACACUCGCCAAGAUUUUGCUAGAAUUGGACGACGGAGAGAUGAUCCCUGUCAAAAUAUGCCCACAUUACGGUGAAGAAAACAGUCAAGCCUGGUUCCAGCUUAUGUCUGCGUUGCAACUUAAGGGUCCAGGACUAGAUGAAUCUUACACCAAAGCUGUAAGGGGAUGUCUCAACGUACACACACACCUUCAAGAUGUGGAUACCGAAAGCGACAAGGCUGAUAUGAUGAUUCGCGACCAUCUCUACCAUCAUAUAGUCCAACAUCUAGAAAUUUCACUUGAAGUCAGGUUGACACCUCUCGAUGUCAUGCGGACACCACAGAUUCCAACCGUAGCACAUGACCCGAAACUCAUGAGGAAUCCAACUGCGUCUAGCCAGCCCAAAGAGAAUGCCGACAGCGGCUUGUUCAAACACACUCAACUCGCUGCAGAACGAACAGUGAGUCCUACGCUUGGCGCACACAUCCGCGAAUCAUUCAAUGUGAAGAGAGGAACAGAGGUACAGUCACACCGAGUGGACUCAACGGAAGGAUACUCACGUCGUCCCACUAAACAGACAGAAAGCUUCGCAGACCGAGGUCCUAAUAGGAGGGGUAAUGCUCCAAAGAAUCGCAGAGACUUCGAAGUUGCCAUCAUCUGUGCCCUACCUUUAGAAUUCGACACUAUCCAAUUGCUCUUUGACCGUAAGUGGGAGGAGCGACAAUAUCAAUUUGGCAAACUCGAGGGAGACUCAAAUUUCUAUGUCAAUGGUCGCCUAGGCAAUCUCGAUGUUGUGGUGCUUCUACUCUCAAAAAUCGGGAAAGCUAGUGCAACAAACGCAGCUACAAAUUUGCGACUAUCGUACCCAGGACUGAAACUGGCACUACUCUCUGGAGUUUGUGGAGGCAUACCCAAAUCUUAUGUGCCUAAUCGAGAAGAAACUGAAGUUCUGCUUGGGGAUGUGUUUGUCAGCUCAACCAUGAUUGAAUCAGUUUCUUCGAAGCCAACAUUAUUCGGGGACUUCAUUGUUGAUGUCAUGGGACUUGGUAAAACACUCACGAUACUUGCAGCGAUAUUGCACUCGACCAAGACAGCCGAAGACUUUAGAAAUGUUUCCCCGACUCUAAACGAUGGCGAUAAUACUACCCGCACCAAAGCAACACUAAUUGUGGUGCCCUCCACUCAACUGAUGGAAAGUUGGAUGACUGAAAUUGAAACUCAUUUUCUUCCUUGUUCUCUGAGCUGUGUCCGUUUCCAUGGUCAAGACCGGCCGGGAGAUCCUGAAGCACUCAGAUCUACAGACAUUGUGCUGACUACAUACGCGACCGUUGCUUCUGACCAUGGCAAGAACGGCCUCCUAUGUCAGAUGGGGUGGUUUAGAGUUGUUCUUGAUGAAGGUAUGGACAAUGUGUCUCUUGCUGUCCGAUCGUAG